GUAAAAUAAAUUGAAAAAUUGCCCAAUUUUACUUCUUUAGUUAUCUCACUACAUAUCCCAUACAGCACCGCGGUUGAUUUACGUUAUAUUUUACGACUUUGUCAAGCGAUUUCUGACGUGACGUACCACGGUUUACGUCGAGUUUACGUCUAUAGUUUACAACCGAGCCAUCUCCUCCAUGCGAGUGGAGCAAACAUGUUCAAUAAAAAGCCCCGGAGGAACUUUCGGCAGAGAAAACAGGACUCCAGCGAGGAGGAGGAGGACGAGCAGAAGAAAAGCUCAGGAGAUGGGGAGAAAAACGAGACAGCUUUACGUGUGGUGACGGUCAGUGUGGCCCAGAGCCGCGGCAUCUCUUGUAGUUCCAAGCGGGAAGCGACGCCUUCCAAGCCGGACAGCAGUGACGGAGAAGACGGAGUGGGAGUGACAGAAGAAAUAGAAGAGGCGAAGAAAGCUGGGACUGAAAAGAAAACAACCUCCAUCCUCAGUUUCUCUGACGACAAAGAAGCUGAGGGACCAACAUUUAAAGUGAAGAAGUCCUCUGAUAAAGCCGUGCUGUUCCAAGUUAGGAAGAAGGAGGCCUUACCUGCCAAGACCGCCCACAGAACAGCGGCUGGAGUUGUCCCAUCAUCUGGUUCUCUCAAGCAAGACAGUCCGGCACCACAUACACUUCACCAUGAUGAUGAUGACGAUGACGACGAUAAAGUUCAUGAUGGCGACGAUCGCGACAAUAAUGUUGAUGAUGAAGAAGACGACAGCGACGACUACAACAGUGGUGACAGUGAACGUGGUGUCAGGUCUCCCUCGGUCAGCUCAGCCUCAGACUCCAGCCGCUCUGCUUCUAAACCAGUAACUAUCCCCAGUGCUGAAGAGAUUAAGGCAGCCAGGAGGCAGCGUCGCACCGCUCGAACCCAGAAAGAGUUCAUUUCCCUGCGCGGAGAUGGCCAGAGCUCCGCCGGUAGCACCCCAGAUCACUACAGUAGAGAAGAUGAAGAUGACAGAGUUGACGGCGAUGAUGAUGAUGAUGAGCCAGAUGAUCACGAGAAAAGAAUCGAGUUCGCCCCACGAUUGAAGAGCAUCAGGGAGAGGAUUGUUGAGAAACUUGAAGGGAGUGAUGGCAGUCUCUCAGGGACGGAUGGAGAGGAGCAGGAACUUUGGGAGGAGAUGCAAAUUAGCAAGGGAGUCAAGAAACGACCGGGAGAACAGAGCCCAUCUGGCAGUGAAUCCAGCAGCUACAGCUACAGCAGCAGCAGUAGCAGCAGGCGAGACAGACAAAGACAAAAGAAGAGAGCAGCAGGGGCCAGAAUCCCAAAGACUCUUCCUCAUGUCAGUAUUGCAAUGGUUAAAAAGAGGAUCACUGAAAAACUAGACUCUUUGAAGGAGGUGCACAGAGCACGGCAGGCAGAGCUGAGGAGGAUGGAGGGUGACGUUGAGAACGCUAAAAGCUCUGUGGAGAUUCUUGAGGAGACUUCCUCAGAGAGCCAGCUGAGGUUUUACAGGGCCAUGAACCUCUAUGCCCACAACCUGGUGGAGUGUCUGCGGGAAAAGGUCAUGGAGAUCAACUCACUGGAACUGGAGUUGCACAGCCUGCUGUCUGACCAGAUGGAGGCACUGUUGGCACAGAGACGAGAGAGGACCAAGGAGCAGGCACAGCUCAGCUAUCGCUCAGAUGAGCAAAGUGGAAACUCUGAAACAGAAGAAGGAUAUUUGUCUGAUAUUUGUUCGACAACUUAUUUCAGCGUGGGGGAUGCUGGUGUUAAAACUGAGGGAGAUUUUGAUAUACCUGAAGACACACAGUCCUCAGCAGAAGAGGAGGAGCAGCUGCAGAAGAAGACAGCUGACAUCCUGUUGAGGUCCCAAGCAGUGUUUUCUGAUGUCCAGGACGAGUUCUGCGAUGUGAAGAAGAUAUUGUCCCGCUUUGGGGAAUGGAGAGGAUCAUACUCUGACACUUACCACAGUGCCUACAUCUCUCUAUGUCUGCCCAAGUUGUUGAACCCCAUCAUAAGACAUCAGCUCCUGGCGUGGAACCCGCUGAAGGAUGAUAGUGGGGACUUUGAAAAACUCCCGUGGUUCACAGCAGUGGAGACUUUUUGUCACGGUCAUGGCCAUGAAGAGCUGGAGCACACAGACAGACAGACACUGUCUAAUAUCAUAGAAAAGACUGUCUUACCUAAAAUAACAGCCUUUGUGGAGCUGGUGUGGGAUCCUGUGUCCCGCCAUCAGUCAGUCUGUCUAGCUAACGUUUGCCACAGACUGAAGGAGGACUAUUCCAUCUUUGAAGGGGAGCAGAGUAAACCAGUCAAGGCAUUUAUAAACGCUGUGAUCAACCGACUGAGGAGCUGUGUAGACGAAGAUGUCUUCAUCCCUCUGUACCCCAAAAAGCUACUAGAAGACCAGUCGUCUCCUCAGUGUCGCUUCAGGGAUCAACAGUUCUGGACGGCCAUUAAACUACUAGGUAACAUGGGAAAAUGGGAUUUGCUGCUUCCUGAGUUGGUGUUGAAGGAACUGAUGUUGGACAAACUGCUAAACCGAUACCUGAUGAUCACCGUGUGCAGCCAGACACUCUACAGUGACGUUGAUGCAUGCGGAAAGAUAGCAGACAGUCUGCCACUUUCUUGGCUCAAAGGAGAGGACGCCUGUUUGCCUCAGCUCCAAAAUUUCAGAAACCACCUGGUUCAGAAAGUUCAUACUAUCUGCAAACAGCAGCCUCCUAAAGAGCCAAACACAAGGUCUGCCGUGGUUGAAGUGCUGAAGAUUUUGAGUAGAAUCAGGUGCAAUGACUCCAUCAUGGAUAUAGCAGGGAAAUACCACUAUGAAGAUGUCAUCUACUCUUACCAGCUGCUGAAUCAGGAGGCAUCAUGAACUUCAAAGUCCGAGUUAACUGGAUACACAUCACACCGCUAGACUGAGCAAUACUUUGGCCAAAAUACAUACAUACAUGAUGGUGGCUGUGAGGUGGUGCCAAAGCAUAUAGCAACAAAUCGUACAAAGUUCUUGUUUAAGCCAGGAAACAAAAAAAAAAUAUUGACCUUCCUGCUAUUUUUAGUCACUAAUAUUUUGCUGUCUGUUUUGUAACUUGAAUUUUGUUAAUAGAUCUAUUUUCUGUCGUGUUGAAUGAUAUUUACACCAUAAGUGACCUGCUUCUUCUGCCUCUUGAAGUCGGACAUAAAAACAAUACUAUGGUACAACCACUUUUUUAAGAUUCCAGACUCAGCAAUGGUUAAUAUUCUUAAGAAUAAAAGGGACUUCAGUUAUUAUUGCGUUGACUAACUACUUAAUAUUCUGUUACAUACACAGUUUACAGAAGAGUCUAAAACUCAGCUUGGCUUAUCAUGAAUCAUCAUUUUGCUUAUAUUGAUUAUAUAUAAGCACUCUAUGACUAAACAGUGACACCUGUAUUGGUGUUUGUCUUGUUUUCACGCCUGCUUGCCUCUACACAGAAACCACACGCACACCAGAAAAAACAUUUUCAAUAAUAUGGACUGAGGCUGUGUUCAACUGCAUUUAGUUCCAAAUAAAAAAAAUUUCAUCAAUAAAUAAAGUUGGACUUGAAAGCUAA